CUGGGUCCGAUAUAAAAACAUAGCUAAUUCGUAGGCAGGGCAUCAGUCGACCCUCGCAGCUCAGACAAAGCUCAGUCCAAAGUGAAAAUGAAGCAGUUCGUCGUUCUAAUGUGCCUGGCGGCCCUCACCGCAGCCGCUCCCCAGGGAUACAAGUACCAGCCCCAACUGCCCGCCCUGCCCAUCGGCAACCUGCGUCCGCAGACGCCCCUCUCGCCCAGUGGAAUAUACUCGGGCGCCCAGGUCGGAGUCCAGGUUCAGCAGCCCGCCAUUCAAACGGUGCAGACCAUCGCCGCCGCUCCAGCUCCUGCCCCAGCUCCUGUUCCCGCUGCUGCUCCCCUGACCCUCUCCCUGCCCAUUGCCCUGCCCCAGCAGCAACUGAUCAGCACUGUGCAGCACCAGCAGCAGCAGCAGCAGCAGCAGCAGCAGCCCCAGCAGAUCGUCUACCAGCAGCCGCAGCUGCAGCAGCAAAUCGUGCAGACGCAGUACGUCCAGCGACCGGCCAUCGUCACCAAGGACAUCUACAUCCACUCCGCACCCGAGGAGACGGAGGAGCUGCGCCAGGACGAACCCCAGCUGGAGAGUGUGCCCAUCCGCAAGAACUACCGCAUUGUGUUCAUCAAGGCGCCGUCCCAGAACCUGAAGCACACCGCCGCCGCCCUGAAGCGGGCCCAGUCCAGCAACGAGGAGAAGACCGUCAUCUAUGUGCUGAGCAAGAAGCCCGAUCUGGCCGAGAUCCAGCAGCAGCUGCAGGUCACCCAGUCGGAGGCCAAGGUGCACAAGCCCGAGGUCUAUUUCAUCAAGUACAAGACCCAGGAGGAGGCCCAGCGCGCCCAGCAGGAGAUCCAGGCCCAGUACGAUGCCCUCGGCGGUGCCACCCACAUCUCGGACGAGGGCGUGGCCCCCAUCACCAGCGUCUCGAGCGGCUCCCUCAAUCUGGGCAGCUUUGGGCAACAGCAGCAGCCUCAGGUGCAGACCAUCGUCCAGCCGCAGGUGCAGGUGCAGUUGCCAGUCCAGCAGCAGAGCUCCUUCGUCCAGCAGUCCACCUCGUUUGCCACCUCUGUGCCGUCCAGGAAGUACGUGCCGGCCAAGACUUUCAAAUGAGUCGCACCUCUAGUCCACACACUAUCGCUUUCAUUUUCAAUUCCCCGGCAGUAGCUCAUUUUAAUUUAUUGUAAAUGCGAAUGUCGACAAAAAUAAAUAAAUAUUUUUAAACGAAAA